AUGCUUUGCUUUCUCAUUUUUGUCUAUGCUUCUAUUCUGUCGUGUUCAUCGGCAAACAAGCCAAUAGUCCCAUCAAGUUUGUCGCUCUCUGAUCUAAAUCUGAUGGCGUUGUGUGAAUUAGGAUACUCCUCAUUGGUCUAUGAGGAUCACGGAAAUUAUUGCGGACAAAAUCCGAAAGGUGGAAAUGCCACCGAUGAUAUCGAUCAGUAAGUGGAUUUAGCGCUGAAUACAUGGUCUAUAGAUGCUGCAAGGUUCAUGUGUUAUGCUACAACUCUUCUGUAACAGAGAAAAAAUGCAAGAAAUCGGAAGUUCCCAAUCAUCCCUACAAACAGAACUGUACCGUUGAUGGUAUUGGUCAGAAAAAGGCUGUUUGUGACGGUAAGACAAAAAAAUUUUAUUAAUCUUACAAGUUUUUCCUCUGUAUUUUACUGCCUAGCUACGCUAUAGUGACGUACCUGAUCCAGUGCCAACAGAUAUACCAUUUUGCAUCCUGAAAGUAUCAAAAAAUGUAGCAAAAUGCCUCCCUCUUCAACUAAAAAAACUCUGUUUUGAAGGGCGCGCCCUUUCUUUCACAAAAAGAGCUUUUGAAAUCGGAGUUUUUUUUCGCUUGAAGAGGGAGAUAUUUUGAGACAUUUUUUGAUGCUUCUCGGAUGCAAAAUGGUUUAACGCCUGUUUUUUCCUGAAAUCAUAAAAGAAUACCAAGUAAUUAACAUAAAGUAAAGUUUGUUGGCGUUUUUACCGCCACUUUGAUGACUUUUUUUAUCCGCGGAAAUACAAAACAAAUACAAAGCAACUUUUCAGGCAGUUUAUUUUAUUACAGCCUACCUGCUAAUAUCACAGACGUUGUGUAGAAUUUUAAAGCAGCUCAAAUUGCUGCAAUUUCCAUAUUUUUCAUGAUGGAAUAAGUGCAAAGUCGAAACAUCUCCAAAAUCGAGGUCCUUCCGUUUGACAUUCAAAAAAACAAGUUAAUAAAUCAGUAUAGUCAUGAAAAGAAAGUGACUAGUGUAGAAUACCACGGAUAAUUUAGUAGUAUAAAAAUCGCUUGGCUGCAUCUAAAAGUUUUUGCCUCAAGACCCAAGAAAAAAGAUUGCAGUUUUUCCCGCCGCACCCUACGUAUCCUUUCAGAUGACAACGAUAAAUGCGGGUUAUUCCUCUGUUGGUGCGACAAAUAUCUGGUCGAUUGCUGGCAACAGUACCCUCCUCCCCACAUAGCGGACAAAUUUCGUCAAGACUUCCAAAAAAGCAACAACUAUUCGUCAUCAAAGUCCAUCUCUUCACUUUGA